AAUUUGGCUUUGAUAUGUUUGCAAUUGCCAAGGAGGGAAGAGCUGGCAUCUGGAGAACCCAGGAAGGGAGAUCUCUUGUCCACUUCCCCAUCUCUGCGGUGACUGCCAGCGACAAAGGCACCUACCGCUGCUAUGGGUUUGACAGCCACUUCCCCUACCUGUGGACAGCCCCCAGUGAAGCCUUGGAACUCAGGGUCAUAGGGAUGCUCUUCAGACCCACCCUCAAGGCUGACUCAGGUCCUCUGAUCCCCCGGGGGACAGCUGUCACCCUCAGGUGCAAGGGACAUCCUGGGGCUACUUGGUAUGGUCUGAAGAAAGGAGAAUCUCAGUCUCAGAAUAUGACUAGAGUUGGGAUGGAGGCUCAAUUCAAUAUUUCAUCUAUGACAAAGGACACCGCAGGAAGUUACUGCUGCCUCUACAAGAGCCAGUCUAGCUUAUCAGAGCCCAGUGAACCUCUGGAGCUGGUGAUGACAGGCCUCUAUGACAAGCCCUUGCUGUCAGUGGUGCCAAGCCAAGAAGUGGUCUUGGGACAGAAUGUGACCCUCAGCUGUCAGGAUGAGAAGAAAUUUGAUAGGUUCGCCUUCUGCAAGAGGGAAGGGGCCAACACCUCUUGUCUGCAGAGCAACGGGUCUCAGCAGAACUUUUCUAUCCCAGUUGUGACAGCUGCUCAUGUUGGGAUUUACUGGUGCUAUGCAUUUCACAGUCAACAUCCCUACCUGUGGACAGCCCCCAGUGGUCCUGUGGAUCUCAGGGUCACAGUCCCAGGGACAUCUGCUCCACGGCCGCAACCUCUAGACGUGAUAUUUGGUUUUUCCAGAUUCCAAGUAGGCAUCUUGAUAGGCUUCUUAGCACUCCUCAUCCUGGUCUCUCUCAUCUUCCUCUCCUUCUUCCUCCUUCGAUGCCAACAGCAGCGUCAGGCCAAACUCCGGACUGGAGGCAAAGAGGCAGAUGUUGAAGAGACCCUCAGGAGCCAGGCUGAGGAUGCUUCCCCAGAGUCUCCAUAUGCGGUUGUGAAGGGUAUCCAGCUGGAUGAGCACAGGAAGCCCAAUGUCCUGGUUGAAGACCCUCAAGAAGUGACUUAUGCCCACCUGAUCCACAAGACCCCCAGUCAGCACCUUGAGCGCCUUCCUCCAUUCCCACCAGGGGAGUCCAUCGUCUAUGCCCCAUUGGCCAUCCAGGAAGCAUCCUACCUUAGAAGUCUGGUGACAUAUCUUGAUCCCUGGCUAAAAGAGGAAAAACUGGGUUUCUUCUUGACUGAAAGAGGGAUUGGGAAACUUUGGGUGGAGCUGAUCCUGUCUUUAUCUUGUGUCUCAGUCAGGCUGUCUGAUCCAUCUCCCCUUUCACAAGAAGCUGGAAGCACCAUGCCCCCCUUGGUCAUCACCCUGCUGGGUUUUGGAUUAUGGUUGAGCCAGUGGAUCAGAGCCCAAGAGGGGCCACUCCCCAGACCCACCCUCCAGGCUCACCCAGGUCCUCUGAUCCCUUGGAAGAAAUCAGUCACCCUCCAGUGUCAGGGAUUUCCUGGGGCUGAAGCAUACCGUUUAAGGAAAGAAGGAAGCUCUCAGUUUACAGAAAUGGCUACCACUGGAAGGGAAGCUAAGUUUCCCAUCUCCUCUGUGACACCGGACACAACUGGGAGCUACCACUGCCUCUACAGGAACCAAUUCAACUGGUCAAAGCCCAGUGAGCCCCUGGAGCUAGUGAUGACAGGCUGGUAUGAUAAACCCUCACUCUCAGCCCUGCCCCACCCAGAGGUGUUCUUGGGAGAGAACGUUACCCUUCAAUGUAGGUCCCAGCAAUGGUUUGAAAAAUAUGCACUGCACAAGGAGGGAGAAGCCAAACCUUCCCAGAGCCAAGGAGAGUGGUACCAUGCGGAUUUCCACAUCCUGGGGGUGACUGCUGCUCAUGGAGGCUCUUACAGAUGCUACACCUUUCACAGAGAAACCCCCUAUGAGUGGUCAGCCCCCAGCAAUCUCCUGGAGCUCAAGAUCAAAGAUGCUUCCCCCAAGAAUUACACUGUGAGCAAUCUCAUCCGUCUUGGCCUGGCUGGGCUGGUCCUCAUCAUCCUGGGGGGCCUGUUGGUGGAAGCCUGCUAUAGCCAGAGGAAGCACCGAGAAGCAGCCAGGAAGCACCGAGGAGCAGCCAGGAAGCACCGAGGAGCAGCCAGGAAGCCCCUGCCUGAGCAAAGCAGAGUUGAAAUGCAGUGAAUUUUAACAAGACUAAUAUACUGUUUCUCUUGCUGUCCACUUUGGAAGCAAACUGUUUUUACAGUUUUGGAAGCAUACAGUUUUUACAGUUGGAUACAAUGUUUUCACUCUUUGCACAGAUUCAAUAAAAGGAGCACAUUGAUACAUUGUAAUCAGCCCUCUUUCCUCCUCUCAAAAUGCUACCUGGUGGCUGAGAAUUGGAAAUCAAAGGGUUGGCCAGCAACUGGGAAAUGGCUAAAUAAUCUGUGGUAUAUGAUUGUAAUGGAAUUGUGGUAAAAAGUUUUUUAUCAGUCGGUUAGUGAAUACGGAAAGACGCCAGUUUUUUAAAGCACCACCUUUUCGGGGAAGAGACUGAUGGCCAUGCGUGGGCUACGCACGUCAGUCCAGCUGCUAAGCACUCCACUUCCGGGGUGCGAGCUUAAAAGGCAAGGAGAGAAUGGAAGUGGGAGCUCUUUCCUGCUCUCCUGGUCCGAUGACUGGCGUGACAGACAGACAGACACUGAC